AUGGAAACGCAAAGCUCCAAAGCUGAAGCCCCAAGCGGUGUCUUCAAUGAGAAGCUGCCAGAAAGCAUUCCUGUAGCAAAGGACUUCUCGAAUACAAACCAAACUCAUUUGAGCAUCGAUACACAUGCUGGCGGGCUCCGGAGUAGCAUUUCCAAUUCCCCAGCUACGGCAACUCGCACGCCCGACACCCAGACAGUCGAUGAGAUAAACCACUUUAGAUCUUCUGCUGCCCGUACCUUACCCGCUUGGAUCCGGUCAGUUGAGGAAGUCAACCAGGAAGAAGGCCAUGACGCUACAGCAACAGAUCGUCUAUUACCCUCCCAGCCUAACGAUGCCUUCCUUGCCCAGCAUAAUCAUGCUCCCCACGAACCUUCACGGACCGACUACUUUGGGGAUGCCGAUAUCGAAAAGGCCUCGCCGGACUCCGGCCGCCGCGAGUCUCGCUGGAAAACCUUUUCUCGCACAAUUCAGUACCCUCGAGAAUCCGGCAAAGAGUAUAACGAAGUCACCGCAGAAUGGAUGAAUGAUAAUAUGGGAAACUACUCGGAUCCGUGGCGAGGAAAUGACCUGGAAGGUGAUAGUCCUGAAUAUCCUUUGCAUAACACUCCAGCCCGGCGUCGCGAAAUCUGGUUCAAACGGUUCCACACUUCACUUCUGCGGAGUCCGAUCGCGCCGCUUAUGCUGCGUUUGACGGUUUGGUGCUUCUCACUCGCUGCCUUGGCUUUGGGUGGAUCUAUCCAGCACUACGCUGAUAAAGUUCACUCUCGCCAGGGGCCGUCGGCCCUCAUGGCCAUCAUUGUUGAUGCGGUGGCUUUGGUUUACCUUAUUUACAUUACUUUCGACGAGUAUACGGCGAAACCACUAGGCUUGCGAUCGCCUUCUGCGAAAGCACGUCUUAUUCUUCUUGAUUUAUUCUUCAUCGUCUUCGAUUCCGCCAAUCUCAGUCUGGCAUUUGAUUCCUUGUCCGAGGUUACGGGAGCGUGCACCGAGGCAGAAGUCAACCGCACUCUCGAUCCUCGGAAUAAUCAAAUCUGUGUGCGACAAAAGGCUCUCGCUUCCGUUUUGCUGAUUGCCUUACUUGCUUGGUUAAUGACAUUUGCCAUUAGCGUCCUCAGACUUGUUGAAAGAGUGCGACAUUGA